CAAAGGGAAACUUUCCUCCUCAUUCACUAAAUGAUCAGUCAUUGAUUCCUCUCUUACAAAGUUCAUAAAUUAUUCACAUAAUUUCUUCCCAGCUAGCUCAACAAUCUUAACAAUCUACUUUUCUAAAAGGUAAAUGUCAUUAAUUGGCUGACCUCAUAUGCAUGUGAUCAUCUCUCUCUAUAUAUAUAGCCCCUUCAAUUUUAAUUUCUUCUUCUAACAAGCAAAGUUUCUUCUUCUUCUUUAAAAGCUGUACUAGGAUCCCAAACACUAUUCAAUUCUUCUUCUUCUUCGUCCUCUUCUUUCUUCAAGCUUCGAUUAUAUAUAUAUCCUUUGUUUGUUCUCCUGGGUGACUACCGUUGAUUGAUUACCAUCGCCAUGGAACCUGCAACUUGUCUCGGAUUUUCCACUCUGAAUCUAGAGCUCAGCGUCGGCCCAGCAGACCUCACUGAAAAAGGAUUGGCAUCUAAAACGCCACCAGAUCGGCAACAAGAGUCUAUGUUCAUGAAAGAGAAACUUAGCAAAAUAAUGGAAGAUAAUAGGAAGUUGAAUGAGAUGCUAAGUGAUAUGAGCACAAACUACUGCAGCCUUCAAAAUAAGUUCUUUGAUUUCAUGAACUCUUCGCCUUCCGAGAAGGCGGCCGGAAUGGCUUCUCCUCCCACGGGAAAGAGGAAGAGUGAUAGCCUCGAAUCGUAUAGCCAUGAAAAUGUUAACAAUGGAGUCAAGGCUCAUGUUGAGAGCUUGCCAAUUGAAUUCGAUUCUUGCAAGAGGUUGAGAAUGGAUUCCAAGUCUAGUGUCUCCAAAAUAUGCGUGCGAGCUGAUCCAUCUGAGACGAGCUUGGUUGUGAAAGAUGGCUAUCAUUGGAGAAAAUAUGGGCAGAAGGUUACAAGAGACAACCCCUCACCAAGAGCUUAUUUCAGAUGUUCCUUUGCCCCUUCAUGUCCAGUUAAGAAGAAGGUUCAAAGAAGUGCCAAUGAUUUGUCGAUCUUAGUUGCAACAUACGAAGGCGAGCACAAUCAUAAGGCACCCUUGCAAAGUGAAGGCUCGGGUCGAUUGAGCCAUGUUGGUAGCUCGAUCACUCCCUCGCUAUCCAUAAACUCUUCGAGCCCGACAAUCAUGGUCGAUCUUACUAAUGAUAAGUUGCACGCGGAAGCGAAAAAGGCUUGCGGGGAGAUGGCAUCCACAGAGAUUCAGAAGUUUAUGAUUGAGCAGAUGGCGGCAGCAAUUGCAAAAGACCCAACCUUUAGAGCUACUUUAGCAAAUGUCAUAUCUGGAAGGAUCUUUUAGCUCCCAGCAUAUGAAAAUUGAUCACAUAUUUUCAUCUUAGGUUCUUCUUUCAGAAUUUUAUUUUAUCUCGUAGAUAACAUUUUGUGAUUUAUUGAGCUUUUGAUUGCCCAAAAGAGCAGAAAGUUGGUAAGCUUAAAGUUUUCUUUCCAGAUAAGCAUAUUGAAAGCAAGUUGGGCAAUUUAAGAUGAAAGAUUUUUUUUAAAAAAAAAAAAAAAGCAAUUCCACAGCUCAACUUGGACUUGAAUUUCCUUUGUGGAAACUAUGGGUUUUGGAAUGUUCAAUUUUUGAGAAAUGGAAGAUACAACGAAUUCAUGUUUCUAAGUCAAUCCAGCACCUGAACAAAGACUUCUAUUACUGUAUUCACCAUGAUCGUCUACAUGGUAAUUAAUUAAGCAGCUUCUGUUCUUAUAGCUUUA